GCCAAACAGAUGAAAAUAGAAAUAAACAUCCGGCAAGAAAUUUUCACAAUUCCAAUUAAUUCCGAAUUUAAUUAAAUACAUUCCAUAUUUACACAAUAUGAAACUUGAAUAAAAUUAAGUUCGCUAAAAUUAACAAUUCAAGUUAAAACCGUGCUAAAAUUCGAUAAUUCAUAAAUAAUUCAGAUUUUGUAACUUUAUUUCAAAUUUUAUAUUUAUUCAGAUCUCGCAUCAAGAAAUUACGCCAAUUUAAGAAAAACUGCAAGUCAAAAUCGAACCAAGAAACUAAUUUCAUUUCAAGUUGACAAAAAUUUAAAAUAGAAAUUUUCAAAUUUUCAUAACAAUCUGCCCUGAAAAUGGAAUCAGUUUACGUCUGCCUAAACUGUACUGAUCCCACGACCAGGGACGAAGACGUAUUCGCCACGAGUCAAAUAAACGACGAGGUCACAUUCGCCAAAAUAAUUGCGACCGUUUUCAUCCCCACAUUUCCACAUUGUGUUCCAGCCGAUAACCGAGAUGGGUGGUCCCUUUGUCCCACCUGCGCCUCAAUAUUGACCCAGCUAUACAAAAAUUUUCAAGAUUUCGUUAACCUGACGAAGGAGGAAGGACUUCUUUAUGGGGCGUAUUUUGAUAAGAAAACUCAGACUAAGGUGUUAAAAUCGUCCCCAAAUCCUCACCUGAUAUCUCCGCAUGACCCCGGCUCGGAGGAAAGAUUAACAAAUCCGGAAAUUUAUAUGGACACGUCCAUCGUAAAAUCUGAGCCGGUUGAAGACUCGUGGGAAACCUUUAUCCAUGAGGACGAGGACCCGUUGCAAUUUGACAGCGACGCCUUCGUCAAAAAUGUGGUCAUAAAUCCGGAAAAAGUGAAACGAAAGAGGGGGCGUCCCCCAAAAACGAAAGUUUCCCAACCCAAGCCAAAGCCCCCAAUAAUUCCGGGCAAGCGGACACCAGGCCGGCCGAGGAAGGUCAUUAAAGAUGAGAUCGAUAAGAACUACGAGAUAAAUGAAGAGUCCUGUCCUGCUUCGAGUAAUGAGGAUGGAAAUUCUAGUCAAAAUCGGAUCCGAGCGUGUCGGGUUGUUAAGAGAGUGAAAGUUUACGAUUCCUCAGAGGACGAAGAAGACCACCCCGACCAAAGCAGUCACACUUCCGAGUGGGAAAAUUCCUCACAAUCCCAAGAUUCGUCUUGGUCUGACGAUGAAGAAACUAACGAACUAGAAAAUUAUACAUCCAAAACCAACCCUUCUUCUCCAUCAUCUCGUCCAAACUCAAAACGGCACCCCGGUCGCCCCACCAAGUACGAAACCACCAUCAUCAACUCCACCAAACUGUUCAAAUGUCCGAUCCCCGGAUGUUUCAAAACGGCCAAAACCUCCUCCAACAUUUCCAUCCACGUGCGAUGCGUCCACCGCCGCGAAAAACCGUUCCGUUGUCCCACGUGUAGCAAAGGUUUUUUCGCCCAGUCCUCCUUCCGUCGCCAUGUCGCCGCCUACCACCCCGAAGACGUCGACACUUUCCCCCCAUCGAACAAACCCACACGCCGCCCCCGCACAAAACAUGUCCCUCUCGCGCCCCCCGUCCCCCGCAAGAAACGGGGACGUCGCCCAGAUUACGAGUCCCAACUAGUGGACGGCACUCUCCUCUACAAAUGUCCGAUACCCGGGUGUUCCAAAACGGCCAAACUCGCCUCCAAUAUCACCAUCCACGUCCGCUGUGUGCACGAGUUGGAGCGCCCCUUCAAAUGUGGCGAUUGUGGGAAGCGCUUCUUCGCGCGGACCUCGUUGCGCUUGCAUGCGACCAAAUUUCAUUCCUCUACGGACCAACCGGUCCGACCCGUCACGCCGACCCGGUACCCGUGCGAGCACCCGGGUUGUGGGAGAUCUUUCCCGUUUCCGAGCUACUUGGCGAUUCAUCGGUUUGACCACGCGCCCCCGGAAGAAUUCCCGUUUUCCUGCGACAUUUGUGGCGCCCGGUUUAAGCGCGCGUCCGGUCUGAAGGAUCACAUGCCGAGACAUUCGGAGCAGCGGGAAUGGAUGUGCGAAGUCUGCGGGGGUGCGUUCAAGUCGAGAAUGGCGUUGCAGAAACAUAGGAAAACGAAGCAUUCGGAGGCGGAAGUGCGCACGUGUGAAAUUUGUGGGAAGCGGUUGUCAAACCCGUUUAAUUUGAGGGUGCAUAUUAAAAGUGUGCAUGAGGGGGUGAAGCGGGAGAGGAAGAAGGAUAAGGAGGAGGGUGUGGGAGAUAAGUGGAGGGGUGAUGUAGGUGAGGAGGAUGAUAAAAGUGGGGAUUUGGACCGAGUUUUUUAACGAGAUCAGUAUUUUUGCUUGCAAUUAAAUAAGUAUGUAGUUCACGUAGGCUUUGUAUGAAACUUUGUAAGAAAAUUACGCAGAUGGAGAAAUAUGUCGCGUUUGGGAUAUAUAGAAACCGCAAACUUACUUAUGUAUAAGUAUAUGUGAGCAUGCACGUACACAUACUGAUAUCAAUGUAUAUGAUACAUAUGUAUGUAUGCAAGUCUUCAGAAUAUGUAUUAUGCAAGGAUUGUAAAUUAAUUUUACAAAGCUACAAACCUUGGCGUGAACACGCCCAACGAAAAAAAUAUUUAGUUUCCUACAUAUUCAGACUGGUUAUUGUUAUGUAAUUAAAUUAAGUAUGUAUGUCGUUUUUUACAUUAAAUACGUAGAUAUGUAUGUAAUUAUUUAUUUCUCAAGAUAUGUAUGCACGCUUUACGUAUGCAAAUUUACAAAAUUUCGCAAACUUUGUCCAUGUUAAUUACAUACUCAUCAGGCCAGUGCAAGGCGUCAGUCUGUGCCAUUCUUUGUUCUUCUGGACCACAUUGAAUUAUUAAUCAUCCAUGAUUCUCAGAAAUACCUGAAUAAAUAAAGAACUUCUGCUCAAUUAAUCCUCCA